CCCUUACGCUGCUAGCAAAGAUGUGGGAUUUCACUACGUGUAUUAUGUGUAUUUUAAAUUAAUAUUUACAACUAAAUCGGACUCAGUGAAUUUAACACGAAGCGUUUAACACUAAAGAUUAAUUACUAUCUUAAAACAAGAGCAGUUCAGGGAGAUGCCUCCAGAAAGUGUGAUGUUUUUUGGAAUGGGACGCGUCCAGCCGCUCUCCUAAUCACGACGCCGUAACGAGGAAAAAGUAGCACAGAGGAGCAACAUACAAAUGAAAUUACUGCGCGAACAGCGCGUCAGUCGAGAAAAAGGGGGAAGUGAAGCUAAACCCUGCACCUUCGCCGUUCAGCUCUGUGCUUAAGACACCAGCGGCUGCCGCAGGCUCCCACGGACACCAUGGUUUGUGCUCCUCCGGACAGACGAGAGUGGAAACGGACAAUGUGCUAUAGACGAGCGUAGGCAGCAGCAGCAGCAUCAUCAGCGGCGACUCCUAAACAAAACCACUGUUCCUAUUGUCUAAAACCGAGUGGGGCAGAAGAUGGGGCAUCCUCCUCUGGAGUUCAGUGAGUGCUAUCUGGACAGCCCGGACUUCAGAGAGACUCUCAAGUGUUAUGAACUGGAGCUGGACAGGACGAGCAAAUUUCUCAAAGAGUUGGUAAAAGACGGCAACAGUGUAAUCGCUGCAAUCAAGGGCUAUUCUUUGGCAGUGCAGAAGUUUUCCCAGACUCUCAGUGGGUUCCAGUUCGACUUCAUCGGCGACUCCCUGACAGACGAUGAGAUUAACAUUGCGCAGUCGUUCCAGGAGUUUGCGGGACUUCUGCAGGAUGUGGAGCACGACAGGAUGAUGCUGGUCCAGAACGCAUCCGAUAUGCUCAUCAAGCCCUUGGAGAAGUUCAGAAAGGAGCAAAUAGCAGUAACAAAAGAAAAGAGGAAGAAGUUUGAGAAAGAGAGUGAAAAAUAUUACUCCCAGCUAGACAAACACCUGAAUCUUUCUGCCAAGAAGAAAGAGAGUCUUCUUCAAGAGGCUGAUGAACUAUUGGACAAAGAGCGUGCCAACUUCUAUGAAUCAUCAGUGGAGUAUGUGUACCAGAUUCAUCAGGUGCAGGACAGGAAGAAGUUUGAUGUGGUGGAGCCGGUGCUGGCAUUUUUUCACAGCAUUUUAACUCUCAACAACCUGACAGUGGAGAUGACUCAGGACUUCAUGCCUUACAAGCAGGAACUGCAGCUCAGCUUGCAAAAUACAAGAAACCAUUAUGAGAGCACUUCCGAGGAGUUGGAGGACCUGAUGAAGAAAAUGAAACACCCAUCCCAGAUUCAUAAAAUGCACAGUUAUCUUCCGAUGGAGGGUUAUCUGUACUGCCAGGAAAAGUGGGCUUUGGGAGUGUCAUGGGUCAAAUAUUAUUGUAAGUAUCACAAGGAGGGGAGACUGCUGGUCAUGGUGCCUUGUGAACAGAAGACUACAACUAAACAGGGGCCUCUGCAACUGACGCUAAAAUCCUGCGUCCGCCGGAAGACGGAGUCCAUAGACAAGCGCUUUUGCUUUGACGUGGAAACUAUCGAGAGAAACACGCCCGUCACUUUCCAGGCUCUUUCGGAGGGAGACAGGAAGAUGUGGAUGGAGGCCAUGGAUGGAAAAGAGCCUAUUUAUCAUUCCCCAAUUCACAAGCAAGCAGAAAUGGAACUGAAUGAAACUGGAUUCAAGUUUGUCCGAAAGUGCAUCAACUACAUUGAAACAAAAGCAGCCACACAAGAAGGAGUGUACAGAACAGUUGGCAGCAACAUCCAAGUGCAGAAGCUUUUAAAUACCUUCUUUGACCCCGCAAACCCAGGAGAUGUGGAUCUCCUCAGCAGCGAGUGGGAUGAUAAAACCAUCACAAGUGCACUGAAGUUUUAUCUAAGGAGUCUGUCUGAACCUCUAAUGACCUACAGCCUCCACAGAGACCUUGUGUGUGCUGCAAAGUCAGAUAAUCCGGACCUUCGACUCAGUGAAAUUCAUUCAAUCACCUACAAACUGCCAGAGAAGAAUCGAGAAAUGCUGGAGAUGCUUAUUAAGCACUUGGUUCACGUGUGCAGUCACAGUGACGAAAACCUGAUGACUCCUUCAAACAUGGCCGUUAUCUUUGGACCCACACUCAUGAGAGCGAAGGAGGAGACGGUGGCAGCCAUGUUGGAUAUCAAGUUUCAGAACAUCGUGGUUGAGAUUUUGAUUGAGGACUACAAAAAGAUCUUCAGUUCAAUGCCGGAGGACAGCACCGCCCCACCUGUCCCUCCUCCGCGCAUCACCCCGAGAAAGCGGCAACCCAUCACAAUCUCCAAGCGGCCAGCUCGUGUUUUUCAAGCUCUUAGUCACGACCACUUCCAGAACGGCCAGUAUGACACCUUCAUCCCGGGAGGUGAAGUCUCAGGGAACCCCGUUCCGCUACAGCGGACAAAACCACUGUGUCCUCGAGAACCUCCUCCGAGACAUGCCAUAGUACCAAGGCCAGUUAACCGUCAGGACAAACAAACAGACUCUGAUGUUGGGAAGAUUGACGACACGAGGCAAAGACCAGACUUUUCCUCUGCAGCAAAUGGGGAGUCAGGAAUGCAUGUGAACAGAGUGCCAUCGUUUCAGGGCAGAAAACCACCUCCAAAGAGCACUGCAGCCAGCAAGGAAGGGGAUUCUGAUGGCCUGACCAGAACAAGGGCUGCAGAGAAACAUGCCAUUUGUAGACCCCCUGUCCGGCCUCCUGAGCCCCCCUCCAAAUUCCCAGCUACACAAAAGACCCCGGGUGCAGCCAGCAGCGACGGCUCGCCCAUCUCCUAUGUUGCAUCUAAAACAAAGUUUUUUGAGAAUGCUUCCAAGCAAGUCGGCAGCCCACCGACCUCGCCGCCCCAGUAACAGAUGUAAAAAAAGAGGCUUAACAUUGAGUCUCAGACGACAUCAUGUGAUGUCUACCAGUGCUGCACAGGCGCACAUCACGCUGGAAGGAGUCGCCAUUAACAAACUCAGAACUCCACCUCGAUCACACAGAGGAAAUGGCUCUUGGUAGAACUGAAUGAAUGAAUUUGGUUCUGUUUGGUUUUAAAUGGUAAGAACAGUGUUGUGAAGCAGCACAAAAGCAAACUGACUUUGACUAAGCUCACAAAGUAGCCACUCUGUGUCGUAACAUCAGUUUAGCUGGAAUUAAAGUCCUUAUUUGCUUGUUCCACACUUAUUGACAGUGUUCAGUCAUUUUAAUGUGUUAAGUUGUUAGAAUUGUAAUUGGCCAAUUUUAUACGUGGGAAUUAACUGUUGUACUGGUUACGACAUGUCAGUUAACACUUGUUCCAGCAGAGACAAAUGGACGUCCCAAAGAAGACUCAGUGGUUUCCUCAAAGCAUCUGCUUACCGUUAUGAAACUAUAUUUCAGUAUUAAAACAAACACCACGAAAAAGUAAGAACGUUACAUUAUACAAUAUUGCACAAAAAAAAAGUUAAGGAUUAUGAUGAUUAUGAUAAUCUGUAGAAGAAAAUAUUUAAAUCAGUUUUAACUAUGUCAUUUGAGACAUAACUUUUCACUCCAACAUAAGUCACUUUGUAAGAGGAAUUACAAAAAGUAUUUUGCUCAAGCGUCGGCCUAUAUAAUCAGUGUAAUUAGAAUUUAUGUUGAAUGUAAUGCUAGUGUUAGUUCUAAAGGAAACACCCUGGGGUGCAUUCCUUCCCUUCUGGUGUGAUUUAGGUAGGUCUGGCUGCACAGCAGAGCAUUUGUCGCUUGGGUAUGAAAAGCAGAUCAAGUAUGGAAGUAAAUUUAUUAUCACAAUAUGUGAAAAUAACACUCCGUUGUUUUGUUUCUAUUUCUCUGUUUUUAGAUCUUUAGUAUCUUAAGUUUACACUCCUUUUCAUAACCUAACCUGAAAAUUGUGGUUGUUGUCUGCUUUUCAAAAUUGAAAAUAAACAUCAAGAGAUAUUAACAUGA